AUGAGGAACGGGCGGGAAAGCAAGUUGCGGUGCGCGAGGAGGAGGGACUCCCUUCCUACUUGCAGAUUAGACCAAGUUCAAAUGAGAGCCUUUAAGCGACUUUGCCUGACAGCAAGUGAUUGUGAAGCUCUACGGCAGAGCCCAGAAGGCACAGCUGCCUUGACGCAGCCCCUCAGCCAGAGGCUGGGCAGCCGAGAUUCCUGCAAAGGCCUUUGCCCAACUCCUCAGAGGAAGAAGAUUUCCAAAGGCCACCAAAGGACCAUCACAGAUUACUUCAGGAGUAAAUCCCACAUCUCAAAAUUCUCAGAGAACAUGACAGAAAGCAAGAAAAUCAAAGUUCAGGAGCCUCUGGAGAACUUUGCUCCUGACUGGGCCUCAGACUCAGAUGACUCUUGGGUUCUUCUGGGAGAUGAAGGGAAUGCAUUGGUGACCCCUGGGAAACGGUUGUGUUUCUCCCAGAGUGCUAGCAAUGGCUAUGGAAGUGCUGGCCAAGGGGUCCAAGAAAAUAAACCAUUGUUGGUGAGGCUUUCUGAGCAGAGCUCAAGUGAUGGGACUGUCAAACAGGAAUUUCAAGAUAUUGAAGUUGAUCCUCUUCCUGAUGUGCAUUUUGGGCUCUUAGGAACUAAUUCUGGUGAUGUACCUCAGGGAACUAUUGAGGAACUGCCGGAUGAAAUCCUCCAGCAGAUCUUUGCCCUGGUGCCUGCAACUGAUCUUCUCCAGAACCUCUGUCGGGUGUGUCAUCGUUGGAAAUGGAUCAUCUCUGACAUGAAGUUCAUCCCUUGGAAGAAGCUGUACCAUCAGUAUUUGAAAGGGGUAGAGCAGGCCUCGCUGACCAUUCAAGUCAUUCUGCAACGGUACGGCCUAACCCGGGAGCAGACCCAGUGCAUGGUGGGAUUUAUUCGAUGUGUUGCUGAUGUUAAGAGCUGCCGCUGCCGAGAUCCUACCGCUAUCCUUGCAUGCCUGAAACACCAUUCUCUCUUUCUCAAGGCACAAAUCUGUAUCACCAAGAGGCUUCCUGAUUUGGAGGGUACCAAAGGGAGAGUUGCAUAUGCUUGGGCAGUGAUGGCAGCCAUUGUGCUCUUUGCUGGAGGUGUUUGCGACAUCCAGGAACUGGUGGCCUGUCUUCAGAGACCCAGCUCUACCCUCUCACUGAUGGACGUCCUUGAGAUGUUGUACUGCAUGGCCACCCUACUCUAUGCUAUGCGAGAGAAUAAUGUCCCAAUCAGUAACAGGAUUCACUACAAUAUUUUCUAUUGCCUGUAUCUCCUGGAGAAUUCUCACUGCAGCGCAGCAGUCAUGAACCCCGAAUUACCCAGCAAUGAAAGAGGUCUCAAUAACGGGCCUGCUUUACAGCCUACUAGCGAACAACAACGGAUCUUAAACCACACCCUUACGCCUGGACAGGUGGUGAAAAUUGUGGCUUUUGCAGGCACUGGAAAAACGUCCACGCUGAUCAAGUACGCGGAGAAGUGGUCCCACCUUCGAUUCCUGUACUUGGCAUUCAACAAAACCAUCGCAGAGCAGGGAACACGGGUUUUUCCUCCCAACGUCACCUGCAAAACAAUCCACUCCUUAGCUUUUGCAGAAGUGGGCAAAAACUACAGACACAAGCUUAAUUUUGGCUCGCUGACGUCCUACACGGUCAGCUUUGUCCUCUCCAAUUGUGAGGGCCAGUCUCUGUUCGUAAGAGCCAAGACAGUCGUUCGGACCCUCGCUGACUUUUUUGCUUCUGCGGAUCGAUCUAUCACUGUGGAGCAUGCGCCCAUUUGGUGUAAGAACAAUCAGGGAGCAAAAGUUCUUGUUCAGGAGAACGAAAAGCAAAUCAUUGUUGAAGAAGCGAAGCAAAUAUGGGCCAACAUGAAAACACAGAGCAAAACCAGAGAGAUGGCGUACCGAAUGACGCAUGAUGGUUACUUGAAACUUUGGCAACUGCAGAAGCCUUCGCUUUCCAGCUACGAUGGCAUCUUCGUGGAUGAGGCCCAAGACUGCACCCCCGCUAUUAUGGACAUUGUCCUCUCCCAACGGUGUGGUGUGAUCUUGGCAGGAGACCCACACCAGCAGAUCUAUACCUUCCGAGGUGCUGUCAAUGCACUUUCUGAAGUGCCGCACAGCCAUAUCUUCUACCUCACGCAGAGUUUUCGGUUUGGCUCUGAAAUAGCUUACGUUGGCGCUACCAUUCUGGAUCUUUACAAGAAAGUGCGGAGCAAAACACUGGUGGGGAACAAUCGGGAAAGUGAUGUCAGUGGGAUUGGCGUGGAGGGAAAGGUGGCUUGCUUAUCCCGGAGCAACCAAACUGUCUUUGAUGAUGCCGUGAAUGUUACCAAUGGAGACCCACCUGCUAAGAUACACUUGCUUGGGGGUCUUGAAGCCUUUGGCCUUGAGAAGAUUCAUGACCUCUGGAAGCUCCUUCAUCCUGAACUGAAACUCAUGGUAAAGGAUUCCUUCAUCAAGAGGUGGGUUGAGAAGGGCUUGGCCAGCAUCAAGGAAUAUGCAGCAAAAGCAGAAGACAUGCAGCUGGAAGUAAAAAUUGCAAUUGUGGAGAAAUACCGGGAUCGUAUUCCGGAGCUGGUGGAAAGGAUAUCCCGGUGCCAUGUAUCAGCUCCAGAAAGUGCAGAUUACAUCCUAGGCACUGUGCAUAAGGCCAAAGGGCUGGAAUUUGACACUGUCAAAGUAGCUGGUGACUUUGUGAGUAUCCUGUUUGCAUGGCCCUAUCUUGGAAGGAUGCCCCAGGCCCAGCCUGAAAUAAUCCCAGAAGAUGAAAGGAAUUUGCUGUAUGUUGCUGUCACCAGAGCCAAGUGGCGUCUCAUCAUGCCCAGAUUACUAGCUGAUCUCCUGAAAUUAGCCAGGGAGCACUAUGUACGGUUUGAAUUAACCAGUGAAGUGUGCAAUGAGAUGCCAGUGCAGUGUUCAGAGCGGGGCUGCUACAAUGCCAUUCCGGCUGACUCUCUCCUUAUUCCGAAAAAGAUGAAUUUUGUUUAUACUGACGGCACCAAAACCACUGAGGGUUUCCUCUGCCCUUCUUGUGCAGCGUGGUGCCUUGGCCCCAUUGCACAGCUCACAAUGUCUCCUGAGAUGGUGCAGGACACUGACUCCUCCCAAGAAGUGAUUGAGCUUCCGGCAGUGAUUCACAUCCUCCUUGAAGGCCUUUGAGUUCAAGAAAAUUGCACUGGGUGUUUUUCAAGAAAAUGGGAUGCAAAAAAUCCUUGGAACUAUGAGUUGGGCAAUUCAUCCAUUCAACCACUAGAUGGUGAUUACAGCCAUGCCCCUUUCUAUGUGGUCUUGUAGCCAAAUGCUAACCAGUCUUUUUUCAUCAGUCCAAGUGGGGUAGGUGCUGGAAGACCACCUAAAUGUUGAUGCCCAAAUGAUGUCAUUCGCCCAGUGAUGUCAUCAAGCAAAUGCCAUUCCAUACUUGUGUGAUGAUGUCAUGCACAUUUUGUCACUUGUCUCUAGCUCUGUCCCACACUCCCUGGUCUGGAGGGCUCUGACACAUAAGAAAAACUAAAAGCAUUUUGUUUACUAUAAGAUUAAUUUAACAUUAAUCCACAAAGAAGUGUUUACAGUCUAAAACCGUUGUCAACCUGGCUGAACUCUGUAAGCACUGGGUUUUUCAAAAACUA